UUUUCUAAAACAUUUCAGGAGCCUGCGUUUAAUUUAGUUCAAAAGAGCCUCCGUUGUGUAGGCAGGUCAAGUGAUAACCCCCAGGGAAGGCUGGAGCCCUUCUCGGGAAGCCUCCUGGUGUCUGUCCGGUGGGGCUUCCCGGAGGAUGUCCGCGCAUUCCGAAUCUGGUUUCACCUCCAUCCAACGGACAUGACCCGCCGGAUGGCCCGCUGCCCGGCUCGGCUUUGAGGGUCAUCGAGUCGGUGUCACGCGAAGCCACAGCGCGCACGGGGGCCGUUCCGCCGAGCUGCCGGUCGCCGCUGGGGACGCGCGGUGGGCGGGGACCAGGCGCCGGGGCCACCGCCUCCGCAGGCCGGGGAGUCCCCGGGGCCCGGCGCGGGGAAGUCCCGGGCGCGGGUACAAGAGCGCGGGGCGGCGGUGGCGCAGCGCUCCAGCCAUGUCGCGCGGCCUCCAGCUCCUGCUCCUCGGCUGCGCCUGCAGCCUGGCGCCAGCGAUGGCGAUGCGGGAGGUGACCGUGGCGUGCUCCGAGACUGCGGACUUGCCGUGCACCGCGCCGUGGGACCCGCAGCUCUCUUACGUCGCGUCCUGGGUCAAGCUUUCAGAAGACGGUGAUAAGAAACUGGAACUCCCCCAGGAGGGACUGCACCACCACCAGAGCAGGCAAAACAGCUCCUUCGAGGGCCCCAGGAAAAGCUCCUAUUCCCUGAUGAUCCAAAACACUACGAUCUGCAGCUCGGGGACUUACAGGUGCACCCUGCAGGAGCUCGGAGGGCAGAACUUCAGCAGCGGCACAGUGAUUUUGAAAGUGACAGGAUGCCCUAAGGAACCUAAGGUACCAACUUUCCAGAAGUACAGAGCUGAGAUUGUGCUGCUCUUUUCUCUGGUCGUUUUCUACUUAACACUUAUCAUUUUCACUUGUAAGUUUGCACGAUUACAGAGUAUUUUUCCAGAUUUUUCUAAACCUGGCAUGGAACAAGCUUUUCUUCCAGUAUCCUCCCCAGGCAAGCAUUUGGGGCCAGUGACCCCUCCCAAGACAGAAACAGUAUGAACAGGAUCUCUGUUGGUUUCUACAAAGCUGAAGGCACAAUGGUGUGCCUGAACAAGAGAAGAACAAGCCUCGCCCUUGGGUGGCAUCCUUCCCGUGAAGUCCUUCACCUGACAGUGGGUCCCACCCCACUCUCUGCCAGCAGGGUCUUGAGCGCCAUCCCAUGAUCACGAAGCAUGAGGCCAUUGCUGCUUCUUCAUGGCUGCCGUCUUAGUGUUUCAUGUGGCUAUCUGGUCAACCUCUUGGAUGCUGUUUGAGUAUAGAAAAGCUGUGGUGAGAAUCAGGUGGAACGGGGUCAUGGGAAAUUUGAACACCCUGAGCUGGCCCAGUGACAGACUCCUGAGGACAGCUGUCCUCCUCGACAUCUGGGAAACAUCUCCUUGAAUUUGCCCUGUUUUGUUGCACUGACCCAGAUGUCUCACAUCUGUGAGAAAUUGACAGACCAAGCUGUGAGCCAGUGGGAAAUAUUUAGCAAAUAAUUUCCCAGUGUGAAGGUCCUGCUAUUAGUAAGGAGUAUUAUGUGUACAUAGAAAUAAGAGGUUGGUGAACUGUUCCCCAGCAGGGUGUUUUCUUCUGGGAAAGUCAUCUAUAAAGGAGCAAUACCAGAGAAUUCCACUUUUAUUAUUUUUAUCUACAUAUACUUGUUGAAUAAGAGUUUUCAUGUUUUUCAAAGUAUUUUUCUUCUUCCUCUUCUCCCCCUCCCCUUCCCUUCCCCCUCUUUCUCUUCCUCUUCCUCCUUCCCUUAAAUCUGUGUCUACCUGACAAGCAACCUGCAUGAAUCUGGAGAGCAGGAAGAACUCAGGGAAAGACCAGCAGGCUACAGCGCUGUACAGCGCCCUGCUGCAAAGGGCGGGCCAAUCAUGCUGUCUGGAAUCUGUAUGAGACUGAACAACUCCCUUGGGGUUUCACUUUCCCAGUUGUAAACCAGAGUGAAGAUGUUUUAGAAAAGUCAAAGGUGUUAUACACAUUAGCAAUCCUACUGGGUCAUAGCCUUGCUGUUAGUUAUGAUGGGGCUCUGGAGCCCAGAGGAUGUGUGCCUCCCCUUUUCUGUCACUCCAAAGGGGACAGUCUUCUGUGUGAACUCCUCUGGGGAGCUGUCUUGAAGGACCAAUCGCAAGUUCUCAAAGAUCUGGACAUGGGAGGAGGGCAUUCUCAGAUGUACUAAUGGGAUGCUGUUACAUUUCUCAGAUGUACUAAUGGGACACUGUUGUUACAUUUCUCAGAUGUACUAAUGGGACAUGGUUACAUUUCUUUAAUGAGCUUGGCCCCUUUCUCAUUUGCUUCCCAAAGAAAUUUUGUCCCUUUCAAUGGUGUGUGCAUCACCCACACUAAUAUUAGAAAGUGAAAGAGACACUGAGUGGAUUCAGUGCUUGUCUCUUAGUCACCACUUUCUUGCUAUUAAAGGUAUGCACGUGGAGUGUU